UGUUGUUGUUGUUAAUUGGUCAGUUGAAUGAAAGUUUUCCAUUAUCAUUACUCGCUGUUGUUGAUGUCGUAAGUGAACACACACACUUUCUUGACCACAAAAAAUCCUGCGGAAAUCACUUCUGAGGUAAGAUUGCCACCCGAAGACUCAGCGGUAGGUUGUUGGGUUCAAAACACACACACACAACUAAUGGUGUUCUCUUGUACACAAUUAGACCGAUAUAAUAAUUGAAGGAGAAGACGACGACGACGUUGGACCACAUAUCAACAGCAGUUAUUUAGAAUAAAAAAAAAAAAACAAUUCCAGCCAUCCUGGCCCUUAUGUCAAACAACGAUAUACGUGUGUUUGUAUUACAAAUACUUUCAGCUUCACCUUCUUAUUCCUACUUUGCGCCGCUUCUUAAACAAGGCAAUAAUUUUUUAUUAAAGAAACAAGAAAAAAAAAGUAUACAUGUCAUCCAUUAGCAAAACACUUCUCUUGGAUUGAUAUAAAAAGGAUUUGUCUUUGGGGAAAUAUUCUCUAGUUUUGUUUUGCCCUUUGUAACGAGUUGUAGCGCGGUGGGACUAGAACUGCUAGGAUUAGGAAUAAUAUUUUCAUAUUGGAAUUUGUAUACAAUGGAAGCUUCAGUUUUUCGGUGUAAUAAUCAAAAUCUGCGUUAUGGAAUAUUAAGUUAUGGUAUGCUUUUGAUGAUAUUAAUUCAGUUUGGUUUGGAUGCAGUCGGAGGUGAUAAUGCCGUUAUAGGCACUGAUAAUGAUAUUUCCCAUAUUGGUGAUGAUUGCCAAGUGACACCAGUAAUUCAUGUCUUACAAUAUCCUGGCUGUGUACCUAAACCAAUACCCUCCUUUGCAUGUGUUGGCCGAUGUGCUAGUUAUAUUCAGGUCUCUGGCAGUAAAAUCUGGCAAAUGGAACGCUCGUGUAUGUGCUGUCAAGAAUCGGGUGAACGUGAGGCUGCCGUCUCUUUAUUCUGUCCCAAAGUGAAACAUGGUGAACGUAAAUUUAAGAAAGUUCUCACCAAAGCCCCUCUGGAAUGUAUGUGCCGACCCUGCACCUCGAUUGAAGAAUCUGGAAUUGUACCACAAGAAAUUGCCGGCUAUUCGGAUGAAGGACCACUCAAUAAUCAUUUCAGAAGGAUAGCAUUGCAGUAAAAUGCCACGCAAAUACAUUUCAAUUAUUUGUUUAAUUUAUUAAAAGAAGACACACACACGCGCGCACAAAUUACAAUAAUAUAUUUAUUUUUAUGUAGUAAUA